CAGCAGCAUUGCAUGUCAAACCAGAGAAAUCCAUACUUUUUACAUGAAUCUACUCUAUGGGAUAUGUUUUUGAGAGGUUAUUAUCAUGCAACCUGGAUAGAACAGGACGUAUUAACUGUGGUGUCUGUCGACAGCGAACUGGAAUUCCCCGUUAAAGCCCGUUACAGGACCCAGCUGGAGCAUUCUUGACAUAUGACGUGUAAACCGUCUUUAUUGCAUCACCAAUCAGGUUUAAUCAAAUGCACUGAAUUGCUGUCACUCGCAUUGGCAAUAAGAAACAGUAGUGAAAUCUGUAUGGAGGGCAAGGAGGAGGCGUGGCAUGACGCCAGAGUUCAAUUUUGACAGGAAAACUUACCAAAUUUGGUGCGGGCUUCCUGCACUCAGCUUGUCACCAUGAUGCGCCUUUACCGCUUGCUGGAGCGUUUACGCGCGUGUACAGAAGUCUUGGCGCGUCACCGGCAGUGGUGUAGUAUUGCAGAACUGUUAGUGAGGUUUUCCAGCACCAAAGUUGCUCCACGGUAUCGAAGAAUGGAAUAUCAGAAUGCAGUGUGCACCCUCAACACCCUGCAGACCAAUGCCAGUGCUCUGGAACAGGUGAAGAGGGAAAGAGGACAUCCACAAAUCCAGCUGCAGGCCAUGAUAGGCUUUCUUCAGCGAGCAGGCCUCAAGGUAAAAGAGCUUGAUCGUCUUAAUAUUAUUCAUGUAACUGGAACAAAAGGAAAGGGGUCAACAUGUGCCUUUACAGAGCAGAUUUUGAGAAAUUAUGGCUUCCGAACGGGAUUCUACAGUUCACCCCAUUUAGUGCAAGUGAGGGAGAGGAUCAGAAUCAACGGUCAGCCAAUAGGCAAAGAGCUCUUCACAAAAUAUUUCUGGCAGGUGUAUGGACGACUGGAGGAAACUAAGGAUGCUCAUGGUGGCAGGAUGCCCGCUUAUUUUCGCUUUCUCACAAUCUUGGCCUUCCAUGUGUUCUUGCAGGAAAAGGUUGAUUUGGCUGUUGUUGAGGUUGGGAUUGGUGGUGCAUACGACUGCACCAAUAUCAUCAGGAGUCCUUGGGUGUGUGGUAUCUCUUCUUUGGGCAUCGAUCACACCAGUUUACUGGGAGAUACCAUUGAAAAAAUUGCCUGGCAGAAAGGUGGCAUUUUUAAGCCGGGGGUUCCUGCAUUCACCGUGAAACAGACUGACGGAUCGAUGAAGGUGCUUCAAGAGCGAGCAGAAGAAAUUGGGUGUUCGUUAUCAGUGUGUCCUGAUCUGGAUGAGUAUGAGAGCGAGGGAUCACUCAGGUUGGGUUUAGCUGGUCAUCAUCAGCGCAGUAAUGCUUCUCUUGCUCUACAGCUCUCACACACCUGGCUGCAGAGACACUUCCUCACAGAUCCUGUAUUAUCAUCUCCAGUAGAGUUCAGCGGUGUGAAUCCAGCUCAAGCGUUUCGGCCCAGUCCUGCAAUGAUUAAAGGUCUUGCCGAGACUGAAUGGCCUGGACGCAAUCAGACGCUGAAACGUGGUCCUGUGACGUAUUUCCUGGAUGGAGCUCAUACCACACGCAGCAUGCAGGCCUGUGUCCGCUGGUUUAACGAGGUCGCGACACAACACGAGAAAAAUGCAGGGGGUCCAGUGGUCAGAGUCCUGUUAUUUAAUGCUACAGGAGAGAGAGACUGUGCCGCCAUGCUCAAACUACUUGCGCCUUGUCAUUUUGAUUUUGCUGUGUUCUGUCCGAACAUCACAGAGGCCAUAGCGACCUGUAACGCAGAUCAGCAAAACUUUAACGUUUCUGUUGAGAACAUGCUCACCCGUUGCCUGGACAACCAGCAAAGCUGGCGCAUUCUAAAUGGCCAGGAGGAGAAGCCGGAGGAGGGGCUUUUGAUCGGGGGUGGCCUGCCCCUGGUGGCGGAAAGGAACAGUGACACCCUCGUGUUUCCCUGCAUCCUCAGCGCCCUCCAGUGGAUCAGUCAGGGAAGAGACGCUGUUCUGUCAGACCCAAACAAAUGCAUCAUACCUGUUAAACCUAGCAUAAGCGCAAAAGCUGCACCGCUACGAGAGGCCGUGAACAUACACGUACUCAUCACAGGCAGCCUACACCUGGUGGGAGGGGCUUUAAAACACUUAGAACCUGCUUUAAAUUGCUAAUAGACAGACAUUCAACAAAACUUUUCACAGCAAGAGCGCCACCUAGUGCCUAAACUCUUUAAACGUGUUACACAACACCUAGUUGUUGAGACAAAUCCUAAAAACUUUACUGCAAAUCAUGACUGAAAUCAUGUCAACCUGUUCUAGAAUUCUUGUUAUGUCAGUCCAUACUAGAAUCGGACUUGAAGAGCUUUAGAUCAGUUCAAUGAGCAUUCACCAGUAUGUUUACUGUUCAGCCAUUUACUUUGAGUUUUGCAAGUACUUUAAGUGCAUUCUGUUCAUUUAAAGGAAUAGUUCACACAAUAAUGGAAAUUCAGUCAUUUCCUAACCCUCAUGAUAUUUUUUUUAACUCCUGGACUGUUUUCUAUCUUCCUUGAAACACAAAAGGAGAGGUUUAGUACAAUGUUAAAGCAUCUCUUUCUCCAUUCAACGAAAGUUGAUUGUUAUUUAGACUGCUAAGUUUCAAAAAGGUGCCAUAAAUUUAUCAUUAAAGAAUUCCAUGUGUCAUGCACUAUGUUCCAAGUCUUCUGAAGGCAUACAAUGUAAUACUUCGUUUUUUUUUUUUUUUUUUUUUUGGAGCUAAAACAAGCUUGGACAUUGUGCCUAAAAUCUCAUUUUGUAUCAUGGAAGCAAGAAAAUACAGGUUCGAAUGACAUUGGGGUGAGUAAAUUAUGACAGAAUUUUAGUUUUGAGGUAAACAAUUUCUUUAAUCCGAUAUUUCCAUAUGUGAAAAACUUUUAGAAUGUCAGUUUUUGUACCCAUCUGUGUGUUUAUGUUAGAUUUUAUGUAUUGCACUUAAAGAAUAGUGUCAUAAAUGAAAACACUAAUAUAAUUAUGAAAUAGUAACGUGUAACUUCGAAUAAAUGCAUGGGAAACAGUUUGCAUUCAUACACCUGAAAAUAAUUGUUCUCAUUUGUUAUCAAAAAGGUGCCCACAUCUGUUCUUACUGAAUAAAAAUGUGUCAUAAAUGUUUGUGUAUAUACAGCUGAAGUCUGAAGUUUACAUACACUUAAGUUGAAGUCAUUAAAACAAAUUUUUUAACCACUCCACAAAUUUCAUAUUAGCAAACUAUAGUUUUGGCAAGUCGUUUAGGACAUCUACUUUUGUGCAUGACACAAGUAAUUUUUCCAACAAUUGUUUACAGACAGAUUGUUUCACUUUUAAUUGACUAUAUCACAAUUCCAGUGGUUCACCACGUUCAUUUGUACAAACAAUAGUACACAAGUAUGAACACUAUGGGACCACGCAGCCAUCAUACCACUCAGAAACGAGACGCAUUCUGUCUUCUAAAUAUUAACAUAGUUUGGUGCGAAAAGUGCAAACAAUCCCAGAACAACAGCAAAGGAUCUUGCGAAGAUGCUAGAAACAGGUAGACAAGUAUCUAUAUCCACAGUAAAACGAGUCCUAUAUCGACAUAACCUGAAAGGAUGCUCAGCAAGAAAGAAGCCACUGCUCCAAAACUGCCAUUAAAAAACUACAGUUUGCAAGUGCACAUGGGGACAAAGAUCUUACUUUUUGGAUAAAUGUCCUCUGGUCUGAUGAAACAAAAAUGUAACUGUUUGGUCAUAAUGGCCAUUGUUAUAUUUGGAGGAAAAAGGUUGACACCAAUCCCAGCUGUGAAGCAUGGGGGUGGGCAGCAUCAUGUUGUGGGGGUGCUUUGCUGCAGGAGGGACUGGUGCACUUCACAAAACAGAUGACAUCAUGAGGAAGGAAAAUUAUGUGAAAAUAUUGAAGCAACAUCUCAAGACAUCAGCCAGGAAGUUAAAGCUUGGUUGCAAAUGGGUUUCCAAAUGGACGAUGACCCCAAGCGUACCCACAAAGUUGUGAGAAAAUGGCUUAAGGACAACAAAGUCAAGGUAUUGGAGUGGCCAUCACAAAACCCUGACCAAAAUUUGUGGGCAGAACUGAAAAAGCGUGUGCGAGCAAGGAGGCCUACAAACCUGACUCAGUUACACCAGUUCUGUCUGGAGGAAUGGGCCAAAAUUCCAGCAACUUAUCGUGAGAAGCUUGUGGAAGGCUACCCAAAAAGUUUGACCCAAGUUAAACAAUUUAAAGGCAAUGAUACCAAAUACUAACAAAGUGUAUGUAAACUUCUGACCCACUGGGAAUGUGAUGAAAGAAAUAAAAGCUGAAAUAAAUAAUUCUCUCUACUAUUAUUCUGAUAUUUCAUAUUCUUAAAAUAAAGUAGUGAUCCUAACUGACCUAAGACAGGGAAUGUUUUCUAUGAUUAAAUGUCAGGAAAUGUGAGUUUAAAUGUAUGUGGCUAAGGUGUAUCUAAACUUCUGUCUUCAACAGUACAUCAUGUAUUAAACACCGUAGGAUUGGUGAGAACUAAACCUUUUAAAUAAAAAAAUAAAUAA